CAAUCACAACGAUGACACGGCCGAGCAACAAGCACCGCGGGUCCAAGCGCAAGGCGAGUGACGGCAACAAGCAGGCCGAGACGAAGCGCAAGGCGAAUGACGGCAACAAGCAGGCCGAGGCCAAGCCCAAGGCGAAGGCACCCAAGAAGGUCGAGUCCAACACGCCGCAAGGCCGCCUCGAGGCCAUCCUUGGCAUGUCCCUCGGCGCGUUCCAAGCUGAGUACUUUGAGAAGAAGCCGCUGCUGCGCAAGAACGUGUCACCGUGCGCCGGCCUCUUUAGCCGCCAAAAGCUGCUCGAAGUGCUCUCGCGCGACCCGCUCGAGUACGGCAGCGACCUCACCGUGACGCACUACAAGGACAACCAGCGCGACAACUACAUGCCCGAGGACCCGAACGACACGAUUGCGACGUCCAAGCAAGUCGAAAAGCUCAUGAAGCAAGGAUACAGCGUCCAGUUUUACCAGCCGCAGCGCUACAACGACGAGCUCUGUGCUGUCAACGCAUCGCUCGAGCAAACGUUUGGCUGCCUCGCCGGCGCUAGCGCGUACCUCACGCCGCCCAACGCCCAAGCCCUCGCGCCGCACCACGACGACGUCGACGUGUUUGUGUUCCAGACCCAAGGCAGUAAGAACUGGAAGCUGUACGCGCCGCUCGUGCCGCUUGCUGGCGAGCACAGCGGCGACUUUACGCAAGAUAUGAUUGGCGAGCCGACGAUGGAGCUCACGCUCAACGAAGGCGACUUGCUCUACUUCCCGCGCGGCGUCAUCCACCAAGCGUGCACGGGCAGCACGUUCUCGACGCACGUGACCAUCUCGAUCUACCACCACAAUUCGUGGGCCAACUUUAUGGAGGUCGCGCUGCCCCGCAUUGUUCGCCGCGCGUUCGAGCACGACAUUGAGUUUCGCCGCGGCCUCCCCGCGAAUUGGCUCUCGUUCAUGGGCACGCAGUUUGACGGCGAGACCAAGGCGGCGACGCAGUUCAUGUCCAAGUGCAAGAACCUCGUGUCGCAACUGCUCCAGCACGUUGAGAUGACCGACAUGCAAGAAGCCGCCGACGAAGCCGCGCUGGACUUUGUGCAGAACCGCCUUCCGCCGUGGCCGAUCACCGAGCCAGCGCCGCCGACCAUCUCGGCGCUCGACCCGAAGGCCAAGGUGCGCCUCCCGCACAAGGCCUACAUGCGCCUCGUCGUGUCCGAGAUGGACGGUAUGGACGUUGUGACGCUGCACCACUCGCUGCACAACUGCCGCGUCCACCACAUGGGCGUGUGCUCGUGCGGUGACGAGGACGAAGACGACGACGCGAAUGACGAGAAUGACGAGAAUGACGAGAAUGACGGGCAGGACAGUCAUGACGGUCAUGACGACAAUGCAAGCGGCAGCGACGAAGACGAUGACAUGAUGGACGAGAUGGCGCCAGGUGACAUGGUCAACACGGGCAUUGCGUUUCCGAUCGACUGCUUCCCCGUGCUCAUGCACCUGUACAAGACGUCGCCCGGCUUCUCGACGCAAGCCGACCUCGCGCAGGUCGCCGACAGCGACGCAGUGCGCGGUGUGCUCCUGCGCUUGAUGGCAGAGAACGUGCUCGACGUACAGCGCGCCUAAGCUCCCAAAAGCGCUUCCUCGCUUUCACUUCGCCA